UAGGCGUUUUGCGGACAGUCUAAAAAAAAAAGUUGAUGCAGCAGUAACAAAAUUUCGGUUUUCCUUGUUUGAUUAUUUUCGAAGGUUGCGCAGGUAACAGAAUAGUGCAUCCAAAUUCUUUGUAGUUUCGAAACGGAGCAUUACAUAGGAUAACAAGGGACCAAAUGGCCAAAGUAGUCGUGAACACAACCUCUCCAAUGUCCGGCCGGCGUCUGGUACGGGACGUAAAUAGGCUGAUAGCCUCGGGUUACCAGACUACCGUUGACGACGACAUGGCCUCGUUCGAUGUGCGCUUUGAGGGACCGAUGGGCACUGCCUACGAGGGCGGCGUUUGGACCGUGAAUGUGGCAAUGCCACAGGAGUAUCCUCUGAAGCCGCCACGCUUGCGGUUCCUUACCAAAAUCUGGCAUCCCAACAUCGAGUCAACCACCGGUUUAGUGUGCAUGAAUGUCUUUAAAGAGGCCUGGUCCACCACAUACGAUCUGAUGAACAUAUUCGACACUUUCCUGCCACAGCUUCUACGUAAUCCGAAUCCGCUCGAUCCUCUCAACCAUGAGGCGGCGGCCAUUCUCAAACGUUCGGAGCAGGAGUUCAAGGAAAAUGUGACUAUGUAUAAGAGAAUGUACGCUCAACCACUUGUCAUUGUAUCCAAGUGCAGUGAAGAGCUCGAAAAACGUUCUUCGGACCUGAGUUUGUCUGAUCUGGUUUCUGAUGAUGAUGAUGACGAUUAAAAGUUGGCUGGUCUUUUGUUAAUCUGUUGUCAAAAAUCAUGUAUUGUUGUUAAGCUACAAAUGUUUUUUCGGAUGAGUAGUAAACACGAAUAAUACGAUUGCCAA